CAACACCACAGGUGGCCCAGUUUGAGCGAGGGUAGAGGCCUCGUCAGCCAUAAUACUCUGCAGAGAUUAUCAAAUACAGAGUGGUUUUGGGAAAUACAGGGUGGGUUUCAUUACAAAACAGGAGCCAUCAACAAAAACGGUUCCUUUAUUUUCGUGUCUUUACCAAUAAAAGCGUUCUCUGUUUUUCAGUUUAUUUUCAACACACCCAUCUCUGCCCAACACACAAAAUUAAGGGUUUUUUUUUUAUUUGGUACUCUUUCUGCUGAGUUCUCACCCUCCAAUUCCGAAACCCAUCAAUCAAUCCCAGCCAUGGAAGGAGGAGAUAUCGGUGACUGGGAGAUGCUCCAAAACUCGGACCCUCCCCUGGUCAACUCAGAUGACUCGGUUGAAAGCCCUAGGAACUUCGAAGGAAUUGAUGUUGACGCCGAGGGUAUGAUCAGGCCUGAUUACUUCUCUUUGGAUAAUCAGGGCAAGUAUGGGAAGGAUGUGGCUGAUGUCAGCGAAGAGGGUUCGGUUGAGUCCGACAACCCGAGCUGGAUUGACCCGGGUCCGGUGACUCGCUACGGGGCAAAAGAACCGGGUGGGUUCUGGUCCGAUUCGGGCAGUGAUCGGUCCGAUGGCCGUAAAAGUAAUGAUUUCGAGGUGAAAAACGAAUUGGGUUUUGCGGGUAAUGACAAAAGCCAAGUUGGUUUUGGAGGGAUUGUAGAAAUGGAGUAUACCGAUGAGAAUUUGGGAAAAUUCGGGUCUGGCAAGAACAAACUUAGUGGGUUGGAUGCGGAAGGCCAACUGAGCUUUGAAGAAAUUGGGGAAAACACAAGGGUUGAGAAGGAAAGUGAGAUGGAUUUUAGUGGAUUGGAUGGUGGAAAUGACAUGGAUAAGAAACCAGAAGAUGGACAAUCAGUUGGGAGUCAAAGUGCCGCACCUGAAGUGAAACCUGAGGCAAAAUCGGGUGCCGAGGUGGUGAAGAGGACAAUCUUGUGGUGGAAGGUUCCAUUUGAGGUCUUGAAGUAUUGUGUUUUUAGGGUAAGCCCUGUUUGGUCCUUUUCUGUGGCCGCAGCAGUGAUGGGGUUAGUUUUCUUGGGGCGGCGAUUGUAUAAGAUGAAGAGAAAGAGCCAGACCUUGCAGCUCAAGGUUACUCUGGAUGAUAAGAAGGUGUCUCAGUUCAUGAGUCGCGCUGUGCGUCUCAAUGAAGCAUUUUCAGUGGUGAGGCGGGUUCCUAUAAUUCGACCUUCGCUGCCUGCAUCUGGGGUAAAUCCGUGGCCUGUAAUGAGCCUGAGAUAGAAAAUUCUUGUUGUGAAGUACAUAGAAAAAGAAAGUACUUUGUCCAUGAGCUGUGCUAAAAGUACUAAAGUUCUUAUGCCACGCUUUGUAUCAAAACGAUUGUACCUGUUAUGUAUUAUAACUUUGAAAUUUAGAAUCUUUUGCAUCACUCUGUAAAAUGCAGACAAAAAUUUCCGUUCGGGUACAAAUUUUUACUUCUCUUUUCCCGUUGUCUA